AUGCCGUUUAAUGAAAUCUUUAUUCCUUCAUCUAUUACUGGCUCAACAAGAGCACAAUGUAUAUCAUGUCAUCGAUAUAGAAUAUUAAUAAAUUCCAAGCACAAUUGCAUAUGCCAUUCAUGUGAUGUUAAAGAUGUAACAGAAUUAUUUAUUCCAAUAAAAUCAAGUACGAAUGAACAAUUAUCAACGUAUUGUGAGACCUUAUCAUAUACAACAACAGAUUUUAAACAUGCAUUACAUUCGAAUAUUCAUCGUAUAUCUUAUGAAUUAUUGAAUAAUAAACAAUGUGAGUCAUUCAGUAGAUUAACAAAAUCUCAAAUUCAACAACUAGCAACAGAAUAUAACUUACAUGAAGAAAAUAUUUUCUUAUUUUAUACAAAGUGUAAUAAUGAUAAUAGUGAUCUUCUGCUUGGUGAAAUAUUUGGCAUUUCAGAUAGAUCUAUUUCUCUUCUCUUUAAUCAGUGCAUUGAAGAUCUUUUUAAUAACUUAGUUAUGGAUAAAAUGGGUCCCACUGCAUGGGACAGAAAAAAAAUUGAUACACAUACACCAAUGUUUUCAAAAGAUUUAUUACAGGUCAACAUUAACAAUAUUGUAGUUUGUAUGGAUGGCUUUCCUAUAUACAUCGAAAAACCUGGUGAUUUUGCAUUACAAAAAUUAACGUGGUCAUCACAAACUUUACGCAAUUGCAUUAAAUUUCACUGUAUUACAACUUUAGAUGGCACGUUCGUUGGUAUACAAGGUGGUUAUGGUGCAACAGGCCAUAACAAUGAAGAAAGUAUUAUUAAUUCAUUAACAAAUAAUAAUUAUGGAAUUGAUAAUGACGAUGAUGAUAACAUUUACCAUAAUCAUAUGACUCAAACUUUUUUUUUCAAAAAUAUUUUCAAAAAUAAUGAUAUUUUGAUACUUGAUCGAGGUUACACAAGAAUGGAGAAAAGAAGAUACCAAUUAAGAAUACCAUCAUCAAUUGAUAAAAGCAAAGCACAACUGUCAAUCAAACAAGCCAACGAAUCACGAUUAGUCACAUUUCAUCGAAAUGUUGUUGAACGUGCCAUAGGACGUUUGAAAAAGUGGAAAUUUUUGCAAAAUAGAGUGGUACAUCAGUAUGUAGCCAAAUUAGAUAAAAUAGUUUCAAUUUUGGCAUCUACAAUUAACAAGUUCGAUGAAUCUUUGUACAAAAAUGUUUCGAAAAAAAAUGAACAUGUUAAAUUAAUCUUGGAACAUAUAAAUGAUUCUGAAAAUGAAUUACAAUAUCUAAUGGAUAAAAAUCAAAAUAAUUCUUGGCAUUUAGCAGCAAAAAAUUUGAAUGAAAUUAUUGAUUUUAUAACUAAUACGAAGUAUUUACCAAGAUAUACACCAUCAAAAAUCGAAUCUAUUUCAACAGGUUAUUAUGCUAUGAAAUUAUCGAAGCGGUAUCUUAACAAUUCUGUCGAUCAUUUGAAAAUUUAUGAACAUCAAUCUAUUGAAAAUUGUAUUAAAGUUGUUGGUAUUAAUUCAAGAUUUGUUUCCGGUAUAAAGCAUUGUUCGAUAUUUAAAUUUUAUCCAGGAAAAUCUGAAGAUACAAAAUUUUAUUGUUCUUGUAAAAGUGGUACACGAACAACGAAUCCAUGUGCACAUGCUUUAUGUGUCUUGAUGUUAAUUCAAUCCAUUCAAAACGAAUUGUCUGAUCUCAAAUUAGCAACAACCAAUAUUGAUUAUCGUGAUGCAAUUAAAAACGUACGUUCCUCAUCACAUUAUCAAGCUAUUUAUAAUACUAUUAUGGACUGUAAAAUUUAUAAAGAAUGGUCAAAGUUUAAUGAUACAUACUGUAUUUGUAAUGAAUCUUAUCAAGGAGAUUGGAUGGCAAAAUGUUGUACUUGUCAUGAAUUAUACCAUCCUAGUUGUAUUGGUCAAAAUCAAGAAGAAAUUGAAGUAAAUAUCGAUAAGUGA